CCGUGUAAGAGUGAGGUGGAGGAGGACAUUCCAGUCCAUGUGACCACAGAAAAUCCCAGUAAGAAGCCUGAGAGAAACAUCAUAUUAUCUCUAGAUUGUAAAGAAAAAGACAACAAUGUCAUGCAGUGCUCUUCAGGAGAAAACCAAGUUCCAAUAAUUGUGCAUCCAUUACUUCUCACUGCAGAUCUGUCAUACAAUGCUCCUAAUAACAGGGAACCUUCUCCUGACCAAUCACAGGUUGAUACCCCAAAUAUGGGGCAAAAAGGCAGUAAAAGGUUUCAUUGUGGAGAAUGUGGAAAACAGUUCACAUAUAGAUCAGAACUUUCUUUACACAGAAGUAGUCACACAGGAGAGAAACCAUUUUCAUGUUCAGAUUGUGGGAUACAUUUUAGAUAUAAAUCAAAUUGUGUUCAGCAUAAGAGAAAUCACACAGGAGAGAAACAGUAUUCAUGUUCAGAAUGUGGUAAAUGUUUUACCACAAAAUCAAAUCUUGAUCAACAUAUAAGAAGUCACACAGGAGUGAAGCCGUUUUCAUGUUCAGAAUGUGGAAAAUGUUUUACCAAGAAAUCAGUUCUUGAUCAACAUAAUAGAAUUCACACAGGAGAGAAGCCAUAUUUAUGUUCAGAAUGUGGGAAAUGUUUCACAGAAAAAAGAAAUCUUACUACACAUCAGAGAAUUCACACAGGAGAGAAACCUUAUUCAUGUUCAGAAUGUGGAAAAUGUUUUUCACUCAAACUAAACCUUCGUCAACAUAAGAGAAUUCACACAGGGGAGAAGCCAUAUUCAUGUUCAGAAUGUGGGAAAUGCUUUACUAGAAAAUCAAGUCUUGUUAAACAUGAGACAAUUCACACAAAGCAGAAGCGGCAUUCAUGUUCAGAAUGUGAGAAAUGCUUUGCAGAUAAAUCUAAUCUUGUUACACAUACGAUAAUUCACACAAGAGAGAAGCCUUCUUCCUGUGUAAGAAGUGGGAAAUGUUUUGCAGAUCAAUCACAUCUUGUUACUUAUGAGAGUCUUCACACCAGAGAAGAGCCAUAUUCAUGUUCAAAAUGUGGGAAAUGCUUUAGAAGUAAAUCAAAGCUUUUAAGACACGAGAGCAUUCACACAGGAGAAAAACCAUUUUCAUGUCCAGAAUGUGGGAAAACUUUUAAAUAUAAAUCAAACUGUGAUCAACAUAAGAGAUGUCACACAAGAGUGAAGCCAUAUUCAUGUUCAGAAUGUGGGAAAUGUUUUACCACGAAAUCAAAUCUUGAUCAACAUGUAAGAAUUCACACAGGAGUGAAGCCUUAUUCAUGUUCAGAAUGUGGGAAAUGUUUUACCAAGAAAUCAAGUCUUGAUCAACAUAAUAGAAUUCACACAGGAGAGAAGCCAUAUUCAUGUUCAGAAUGUGGGAAAUGUUUUACACUGAAAAUAAGCCUUCAUCAACAUAAUAGAAUUCACACAGGAGAGAAGCCAUAUUCAUGUUCAGAGUGUGGGAAAUCUUUUACACUGAAAAUAAGCCUUCGUCAACAUAAGAGAAUUCACACAGGAGAAAAGCCAUAUUCAUGUUCAGAAUGUGGGAAAUGUUUCACAGAAAAAAAGAGUCUUACUAAACACCAGAGAAUUCACACAGGAGAGAAACCAUUUUCAUGUUCAGAAUGUGGGAAAUGUUUUUCCUAUAAAUCAAGCCUUCGUAUACAUACGAAAAUUCACACAGGAGAAAAGCCAUAUUCAUGUUCAGAAUGUGAGAAAUGUUUUAAACAUAAAUCAGAGCUUUUAGAACACGAGAGACAUCACACAGGAGUGAAGCCGUAUUCAUGUUCAGAAUGUACAAAAUGUUUUACCCAGAAAUCACAUCUUAAUCAACAUCAGAGAAUUCACACAGGAGAGAAGCCAUAUUCAUGUUCAGAAUGUGGGAAAUGUUUUACAAACAGAUCAAGUCUUGUUCUACAUGAGAGAAUGCACACAGGAGAGAAGCCAUAUUCGUGUUCAGAAUGUGGAAAAUGUUUUACCAGAAAAUCCGGUGUUGAUCAACAUAAGAGAAUUCACACAGGGGAGAAGCCAUGUUCAUGUUCAGAAUGUGGGAAAUGUUUUACCAAGAAAUCAGCUCUUGAUCAACACAAGAAAAUUCACACAGGAGAGAAACCGUAUUCAUGUUCAGAAUGUGGGAAAUGUUUUACAAAGAAAUCAUCUAUUGAUCGACAUAAAAAAAGUCACAUAGGAGAGAAGCCUUACCCAUGUUCAGAAUGUGGGAAAAGUUUUGCAAACGAAUCAAGUCUUGUUCUACAUCAGAAAAGUCACAUGGAAGUGAAGACAUUUUGAUGUUUGCAUACGAAUAAUGUUUUACAAGGAAAUUAAAUAUUGAAACAUCAGAGAAUUGACAUAAGAAACCGUAUGAAAUGUGGGAAAUGUGAGAAAAAUAGGACUUUAUUCACAUAAGAGCCUUAUUUACUGUCAGAGCAGUGAUGAUAAAUUGUCCCCAUAAACCUUGCUUCUCUUUACUGUAUUCACACAUCCACCCUCACUGCAGAGUGACAUAGUGUAAGGGGAAGGACUCCCCAUGUAGAUGUUUAUGUAACAUAUGUGGACACAUCAAUAUUUGAUCUUCAUACAAUAUAUAAAGGUAAAAGUGAUGGAAUAGAAGAAAACAGUAAUAAUAAAGUAAUGCACAGAGUAAAUCUGACCAA